CUUUUCGUGUUUGACAACACAGGAAGGCAAUCGAUGUCCUGACGUCCGCACACCAUCUGGUUGUAGCCUUACGUUUCAGCGAAUUCGCUUAUGAUCAAACACAACAUACAUUAUGGGGACUCGGGCUUCCAUUCAACUACAAGAAAAUGAGCUUAAUGAAAUACAAAACGAGACUGGAUUUUCACACAAUCAAAUUGUACGUCUUUACAGCCGAUUCACAAGUCUAGACAAGAGCAGCAAUGGAGUUUUAAGUCGAGAAGAUUUUCUUCGCAUUCCAGAACUUGCAAUAAAUCCACUUGGGGACCGGAUUGUACAUGCAUUUUUCCAGGAAAGUAACGAUGAGACAGUGAACUUUAGACAGUUUAUGAGAGUACUGGCAAGGUUUAGACCAACGAAAUCAAACCAGACCAAAAACAAAUUGAAUACCAGAGAAGAAAAGCUGAAAUUUGCUUUCAAGAUGUAUGACCUGGAUGGGGAUGACAAGAUUUCACGAGAUGAACUCUUAGCAGUUCUUCACAUGAUGGUUGGUGACAAUAUCACAGAGGAACAGCUGGGCAGUAUAGCGGACAAGACCAUCAGUGAAGCUGACAGUGAUGGAGAUAACCAGAUCUCUUUUGAGGAGUUUGUAACGGCAAUGGAACGAAUGGAUGUUGAGCAGAAAAUGAGUAUACGAUUUCUACAUUAAUUUGAACGCAAUGCUAUAAUAGAGACACGGAGAGAAUAAAAGCUUGGAACUGUGGAGCAGUGACCAGAUGUGUGCAAUUACAAAAGAGAGAGAGAAAUCUUGCCUGUGUUGGCUUCAGCAGAAAAGUCUUUUAGACUUGCACAAGUCCCGUUAUUGUUAUACAUAUACAUGUAGGUGAUAAAUGUCUUCUUUAUACUCAAAAUUCUGUCAUUACAAUAAUUGCUUUUGUCAAGACCAAGGGUAAUUUUGGACAUCUCUGCUGAGUUAAUGUUUUAGUAUAUGUGAAUGUGACUUCUCGCUAAUUUCUUUUACAUAUGUUAUAGCACAUGUUUAUUACGCUUGUUGUCAUUAUAGUUCAAUUUGUUGUUGAUAUUUGAGUUUGCUGAGAUAAUUGCUUUUAAGGUUGAAUUUUGUUUUUGUUAUGAGAAAAUAAACAAAUGAAUUCUGAAAAAUAUCACAUUUGAAAAAUUGCAAGUAUGCAAUUGAUGUUACUUUUUAAAGUAAAAAUAUCUUAAAAGAUGCUACAGCACAGACAGUGUAUAAAGUGCUUGCUACAAAAUGUCUCAAAGUGACACCCACUAAAUAUAGAAAUAUCUGUAUAUUUUGUAAUUACAUCGACAGAUAAAAAAAAUCUUAAUAACAGCAUUCUAAAAAUGAUCACAAAAAAGACUGAAAGUGACAUUACUAAAAUAGAUAGGCAUAGUAUGAAAAACUUCUUCUGGAUGGUAAUAAUUAUUUAUUCACUUCAAAUUUAAAAGAGAAGCUAAAAAAUUUUUUAAUAAUAUCUUAGAUUAUUUUACCUUUUUGGUACAAUACACUGAUAUACAACAGGUAUUCUUGUUUUCAGUCAAUAAUAUUUAUUCUUUUGUUGGCGCUGUAGCAUCUUUGUAUAAUCAUACUUAUUGUAUUUAAUUUUCUACAUCUUAAUUUGAAUUCUACAUAAAGUGGCCAUGAAAUUGCCAUGAAUAUCAUUCCUAACUUGCACAAGAUGUACUACAUAUUUGUUUUUUGGGGAUUUUUUUUUGUCAAGUAAAUCCAAAGCUCUGCUAUAUGUUGAUGUAUCGUUUUAUAUAUAUUCUGUUUUAUUUUAUGUAUUUAUGUUUUAAUGCAGGGAGUGACCUUGUAGCUUCCAAUCAUAAAUGUAUCGAUUAGGAUAAAGUCACAAAAUUCUGAACUAUAAAAAAAAAACAUUGAAAAAAUUACUAAAUAAAUAUUUUCAUUAUGUGAUGAAAACAACAUACUUUGAAGAUGAUUAAGCAAUUUUAAAGGAACAUAUAAUGCAGCCAAAAAAAACGAUACCUGGAAUAGUAAUUGAGUUUAUUUAAAGGAGAGUUAUAUUUGAUGUUAGAGUGAUAUUAUUGUUGUUAUGCAUUUUGUACAUCAUGUAUAUAAAGGCAAAUUCUGUUAUCUCAAGCUCUGACAACUUAAAGACCGUGUGUGCUGAACUCAAAGUGAAAAUUAAGUUCUGACAGUAAAAUAUCGAUGUAAAAUAUUCUCCGUUACCUGGAAUACUCGAGAUAUUUUGAAGUUUUUUCAUGACUUCCAACAGACGUUUAGAUAACGAGGUUCCACUGUACAUGGAUGAACAUUUUGUAUAGAUUUAAUAUAUACUUUGGAUGACCUUGUACAGGUACAUGAAUGUAGACACUGUACUGUUGGUGACUUUUGUUUAAUACAACACUAGUUUUUGAGUUCCAAAAAUUGAUCAUGAACAACAUAUGCCAGCUAUUGAAUAUGUCAGACAUAAUGAGAUGUUUAUUGUGACUAGCUACCUUAUGAAUUAGAACAGAAAGGUAGAUGUUUGAUAUACAAAAUAAACUGUAUAUACAUAAUCUACCAUGGUACUACAGCACCAACAUAAUAAGUUAUGGCUCAUACAAUCAUACCCGACUAAUGUCUCACCCUUUUACCGGUAUUUUCUGUAAGUAUAUAUAUAUAUGUAUGUAUUAUCAGUUCAAAGAUAUAUCGUCCAAUUAUGAUAAAUAAAUCAAUAUCCUGUUAAUAUUGACCUGAAAAAAAUAUCCAGAAGAGAAAUUCAUUUGAAAUUUUUAAAUGCAUUUACUGAUGUCUAAAUGACUUCUUUGACAUUCAAGAAUGUAAAUGUUUAUUGUCUUUUUCUGUGAUUAAUGGAUCUGUAGAUGCGUUUAGUUUUUGAUUUUCAGAGGUGAUCUUGUUUCAAGCUUUUCUCACUUUUCAGAUCUCACUGAUCCGUUUCUUUCUCCCCUAGUCUUCAAUUCCUUUCUGUCUCUCCUACCCUGAUGUAUCGCUGCAGUGCACAAUUUUGAUGCCUUAGGGCUACACAUUGUGAGAAUGUGGUCCAAACUAUUUCACUUCUCUACAAUUUCCUGAUUUUCGGUUACCAUAUUUAUCCAGCGGUCAGUCCGUGCCCAGUAAUAAGUCUGUCCAUAUAUAUUGCUGUUCAUCAGAAUUACCAACAAAUGUUACAGUAAUUUCAUUGUUCUGCAGAGAUCCCAAGAGGUUCUGUGUUUGUCCCCAUGGGCUUAUUGUGGGAUAGAAAACAGUUUUGUUUGUGGGUUUCAGUAAUUGGUGAUAGAAAACUAGUGUAUAUAAAACCAAUCAGAAUUUUGAUAUGCUGUCCUUUGAGGGAGAUCUGCAAGCUAGAGUUUUAUGUAUAAUGUUGAUAGUAUUUACUUCUACCUAUAAUAUUGGAAGUUUAAAAGAAAUUCAAGAAUUAUUUUUAUCAAAUACUGUUCCAAAUACUUUGAAAUUUAAUUGAUUUGAUUGAUUUCAGUUUUUAUGAAGAAAUCUUGAGUAGACUUUGGCUGAACAAAAUGCGAUCAUCAAAUAUUGUAGUAGCUGCUUUACAAGGGAAGGGUGAAGUGUUGUGUAACAAUGAAGAGAUAGAGGACAUUGAAAUGUUGUGUAUUUAAAGGUGCUAAUAAGUUUACAAUGAAAUUUAGACAUUUUGUUAAGUGUCCAUGCAACUUAUGUUGACAGCCAUUUAAUGUUCUUUACUUCUGUAUAAUCUGAAUUUCUCAGCAGGAAAAUUCCAAUGUUUGUAAAAUAAUACAAUUGCUAUAUUCACUUUAUAUCAAUGUAGGACAUUGUACUUGCAUUUAUAGAUAAAUAAAUACAUUGUAUUUCA